UUUAGUAUUUACCAUCCACCUACUGAAUGGUCUUACCUCGGAACCUGGCACUUGUCUUGUAUACCUUACUUCACCUAAGCUCUAUACUGGAGGUUCUAACUUGUCAAGGAAACGCCCAGACUCCUGUCGCCCAACUGCUUCCAUACAUCCCAUCCCGUCUUCUGCAUCCGCUUAUAGCCUGGAGCUGUGCCGAGAGAGCUCCGAAUGUUGCUUGCUGUGGAGCAGUCCACCAGCACCUGCGGACCUGCGGACACCCAACUCCAUCAUGAUUCAUGAGCAUGCAAUUGCCCAAUCAUCUAGACGACGGCCAGGAACGCGAAAAGCACGCCGAUGAGAGUGAGAGUAGCAACUACGGUAGCAAGCCCAUUCCGCUCGGCAAGAUAGGGUUCCACCCUUGUCUUAUCUGAUGAUCUGAUAAAUUUUGCUUCGGGGAACAAGGGUGCUUGUUGGUUCCAGUGUGGAUUUUAUUUAGCCAGUUGCUUUGACUCACCAUCAUUCCUCCCGAGGCACCAUCCCAAAAGAUAGGUGAAAAUCCCCGUUGAGAAUGAACUCAACCUCUAUCUGAGAGCUUACUUCUUGGCCGGGCCACCCCACCAAGGGACCCGGGAAAUCUCUCCAUCAUUUUACAGGAUUGCUCGAACCAUGUUCGCUAGAGGGGUUAACGCCGUGUGCAAGAAAAGCUUCUCGGUGGC